AUGUCCAAUAACGGUGCUCCGGACUCAUGGGAAAGUCAAGCUGAAGUUGUGGGUGAAAAAGGUGCAAAUGAUUCUAAUGAAUUGUCUCCAAAAACAUUUUCCACGUUGAACGUAAAUGCCGUGGAAUUCGUGCCUUCUUUUUGUACUAACGCCUCUCAGGAUGAAUCACCAACAAAGUCACAAAAAUCUGAAAGUAGUCCUACGAGCUCUGAAGGAAGUCCGGUCAUGAAUGGGUGUGGUGAAGGUGAUAAUGGUGACAAUGUCGCAGCCUCAGCAUCUCCACGUGUUGAAGAGCCUCCUCCUGUGCCGCCAGCCACAGCAGUAGCUCCUGUCCCUGAGGUUCCACCAGAUGACAGCUCGCCAACUGCAGACAGCUGGGAAAAUGAAGCCGACAAUGCCCUGCUCACAGAAGAAAUCAAUGAAGCAGAUGAAGAGGAAAUCGAACCACAGGAGGAUGGUGAAUUGGCGAAGAAAGUUCCUAAGAAAAAACCUCCACGGGUGGAGGACACGCGAAGCAAAAAGGAACAUGUAAAUGUUGUAUUUAUUGGACAUGUAGAUGCUGGUAAAUCUACAAUUGGUGGGCAAAUCAUGUCAUUGACUGGAAUGGUGGACAAGAGAACAUUAGAGAAAUAUGAGCGUGAGGCUCGAGAGAAAUCUAGAGAAUCAUGGUACUUGUCAUGGGCACUUGAUACUAACCAAGAAGAACGUGACAAGGGAAAAACGGUGGAAGUGGGACGGGCGUACUUUGAGACUGACAGAAAGCAUUUCACUAUCCUGGAUGCGCCAGGACACAAAAGUUUCGUUCCGAACAUGAUUGGUGGCGCUGCUCAGGCCGACCUUGCUGUACUUGUAAUUUCGGCGAGAAAAGGUGAAUUCGAAACGGGAUUUGACCGAGGGGGGCAGACGAGAGAGCAUGCCAUGUUGGCGAAAACGGCUGGCGUGAAGCAUUUAGUAGCACUUGUUAAUAAAAUGGAUGAUCCCACAGUCAACUGGGAAGAAAAAAGAUACAAUGAAUGCCGAGACAAAAUUAUGCCAUAUCUGAAAAAACUAGGAUUUAAUCCAGCUAAAGACUUAUCCUUCCUGCCAGUUUCUGGGCAGACUGGGCAAGGAUUAUUGGAAAGAGUAUCAGAGGAAGUAUGUCCAUGGUACCGUGGUCCGUCCUUCAUUCAACUCAUCGAUGAGUUGCCUUCCCUCAACAGAAAGAUGGAUGGCCCAUUUAUAAUGCCAGUGGUUGAUAAAUAUAAGGAUAUGGGAACAGUGCUCAUGGGCAAAGUUGAGGCUGGCACUACCCGUAAGGGAAGCUUAUUAUUUUUAAUGCCUAACAGGGUUAACGUGACUGUAGAUCAACUAUGGUCUGAUGAUAUUGAAGUGACAUCAAUCGGUCCUGGUGAAAAUGUAAAAGUUAAGCUUAAAGGAAUUGAAGAAGAAGAUGUGUCACCUGGUUUUGUACUUUGUGAUACUAUUGAUCCUAUUACUACUGGAAGAGUAUUUGAUGCUCAAGUAGUAAUUCUAGAACACAAGUCCAUUAUUUGUGCAGGAUACUCAGCCGUUAUGCACAUACAUUGUGCUGCCGAAGAAGUCACUGUAAAGGCACUGAUAUGUCUAGUUGAUAAGAAAACCGGUGAUAAGUCAAAGACGCGGCCGCGCUUUGUAAAGCAGGACCAAGUGGCCAUCAUGAGGAUAGAGUGUGCCGGGAUCAUAUGCCUUGAGCCUUUCAAGAAAUUUGCGCAGAUGGGCAGAUUCACAUUAAGAGAUGAAAAUAAAACAAUUGCAAUCGGCAAAGUUCUCAAAGUGGUUGAAUAA